UUCCCUGGGAAAAAAAAAAAAGAAAACAAAGAUGAAGGCUCUUAUUAGCGGCGAUGGAAUAGAUGAGAUAACAUUAGGGAGGUCGAGCUGAGACGUUACCUGCUUUAACACUGUCUCUGGGUGUUUUUUUUAGAAAUAAAAAGCCUUUUUUUCCCCGUUGAAUGUCAGGGGAACUGCAGAUGGAUGUCUGUGCCUUAGUUAGGUUGUUGUUGUUAGCCGCUAACGCUAACUGUAGAAGUUGAGAGCUAGCUGGCCUAGCAAGUAGGAGAACGAUAACAAGUGACUUAUGUUUGAUUUGGCUUGCCCAGUGGACCCCGGUGAGUAAAUUGUGUUUCGUCCAGCUAAUGGAGACAACAAACCUCAAUGGGAGUAGUUCGGGAACUGCGGCUUUAGCUGAGCUUUCGAAGUACCUAUCUCUGUAGGUUACUUUAGCUUCCCAGAUAGCCGCCGUUACUAUUCCUCGGAAGAAUGAGCAGAAAACACCGUCAUUUAAAGGGAGCAGAAGUCAGCUGCUGCGUUAAAUACUUCUUAUUUGGAUUUAACAUUAUAUUCUGGUUGCUAGGAGCUGCAUUCUUGGGUAUAGGCCUGUGGGCAUGGGCGGAGAAGGGCGUGCUGUCAAAUCUGUCGUCGAUCACCGACCUCGGGGGCUUUGACCCCGUGUGGCUCUUCAUGGUGGUGGGAGGAGUCAUGUUCAUCCUGGGCUUCGCCGGCUGCAUCGGAGCGCUCCGAGAGAACACCCUCCUGCUUAAAUUUUUUUCCGUGUUCCUCGGCUUGAUCUUCUUCCUGGAGCUGACUGCGGGGAUCCUCGCCUUUGUCUUCAAGGACUGGAUCAAAGACCAGUUAAACUUUUUCAUCAAUAAUAACAUCAAGGCUUAUCGCGAUGACAUCGACUUGCAGAAUCUAAUUGACUUUACCCAGGAAUAUUGGCUGUGCUGUGGAGCUCAUGGGCCUGACGACUGGAACCAGAACAUCUACUUCAACUGCACUGACAGGAAUCCCAGCAGAGAACGCUGUGGAGUCCCUUUCUCCUGUUGUAUCAAAAAUCCUGCUGAGGAUAUCAUCAAUACACAGUGUGGUUAUGACGUUCGACUUCAAGGGGACAUUGACCGGCAGAAAUACAUCUACACCAAGGGCUGUGUGGGACAGUUUGAGAAGUGGCUUCAGGACAACCUGAUUGUUGUCGCUGGGAUCUUUGUUGGCACUGCACUUUUACAGAUUUUUGGCAUCUGCCUCGCUCAAAACCUGGUAAGUGAUGUCAAAGCUGUUAAAGCCAACUGGUGACACGAGCCCCGCACCGCAUGCCCCGGCCAGGUCAUCGCAGCACACUUGGUACCGUCCAGAUGUGGAUGGAGAGCCAACAUUCUUGCAUACAGACAAAAACAACAAGUUCCUUUUCCUGUUCAUCAGUGACACUUGAUAUGAGGAAAGAAAAUAUACAAUGCAAACCAAACCUCACAACUUUUAACCCAAAUGUCCAAAAAGAAGACGGAGUUGCCUACUUGAGAGAUGAUUUUUAUUAUUUUUCUUUUUUAUUAUUAUUAUUAUUGUCUGAUUUUGUUUCUUGGACAAAUGUAUUUAUGUACAAAGACCCUCUGUCAGCUGGGAAGCCAUGGAUGGAAGUAAGGUGACAAAAUCAAUAAACUGAGGAAAGCUGACAGGUCCUUUUACAGGUCAAGCAUCAAAGACUGUUUUUAUUUUUUUAUGCAUUCAUCUCCACAUCUUGUUUUAGAAAAUGGCGGUCAAACUUCUGGCCAGCCUGUGUACUCAUGGGGGGGGCCAUGUGUAUGUCAUUUCCUCCCUUCUCUGUGCAACUUUUAAGUGGUAUUGAUACAGUUAUAUUCUAUUUUCAAAUGUAAAAAAAAAAAGUGCCAUUAUGUUCCUGUUUUUGUUUCCUAUAGUAAAUUUCUCCUGUCUGCUCCAUAAUACCUCAGGACCUGGCUGAAGAUAUGUUCUUUCCGCUGAAGAUAGAUGCAGUAAAACAGGGAUAGUUCUUUGGGAGUCACCUUGUUUGCACCAUAGCGAUUGUAUCAUUAGUUGAUUCUCUGAUGGAUGUUUAUUUUAUUACAGAGUUGCUUGGUGUGGUCAGUGCCAUAUAAGGAAAGGGGUUUAAUGCUAGCAAUUGCUGGUUAUAUCUGAGCAUUCCUUUGGGACGUGGGAUUGCUGGUUUGGGGCCUUUUGUUCUCGACUUAUUUGACCACUUUUGUCUUAUAAUCUGUCCUUUGCAUUAAUAUCUGUUGUUUAAAGAUGUCCUUUAUUUGUGCUUUCUUUUGUGUCCACUUACAGAUAGAUGCUUAUAUUUCUAAGUCAUUGUUUGAUUUUAUUCUAUUUUUUUAAUGGGGCACCGACUGCAAAACCGCUUCUGUCUGUUGGUGUUACCAGUCGUAAUGGAGACCAAAUAAUUUCAGCUGUCCACGAGAGAUUUCCUCUGGAAUGCAAAUACCAUUUUAGAUAGAAUGUGAAUUUAUUGUCUCUUUCUGUUGAAAGUGCCAGUUGAACUGAGAGAUCAGAGAAAGAUUAAACAUUGAAAUUUGCUUUUAUCUUUAACUGAAUUGUUGUGUCUUUUUGUCUGAAUUAAAUUUAAUGUAGAAUAGUUAAUACAUGCUGUUCUCACUUUAACAUGAAUGCUGCUUUAACUUUUACUAGCUCAGUAACGCUGUAACCCAGAGAGGAAGAGAAAGAGAGAUCUCACGCAGUGGAUUUGGAAAGUAUUUUGUCAUUUCUAGAUGCUUCCUCUGUUUCUUGUUUGUGAAAAGAUGAUUGGCUCUUACGACUUUGCUUUGCAUAUUUUGCCAUCCUGUCAUGAUCACAGUUUCGGUUCUAACCAGGUCAGCGUAUAAUUGUGUCCUUUAUUCACAGUGUUUUAACUAUUGUCUCUGGUUGUAACGGUGUCAUUCUGAUGCGUGACAAACAGGAUCUAAGAGGGCUGGAUACAUACACACUUUGCAUUUUGAAUGCUAUGCACACACGCCCGAAAGAUGAGAGGCAUUCGUAUUCUGUGAACACAACCCCAAAACUUUCCCGCUCCACUGAGUCCGUCUGUAGAAUAAAUAUCUUAGCACCUUCUGAUCGCCUGCUGCGUGUACCUGUCACAUGUUGCUUUCGCCCACAUGCUACCUUACUUCAAAACGCCACCCGAUCAGAGCACGUCGGUUUCGCAGCCUGCCGCGCUGAUGUAUUUUUAAACAGCGGAGAGAAAACUGGAAAGACGAGAACAAAACAUUUUUUUGGAAUCGGAUGUCACAGAUCCUCGACUGGGACAUCGACGCACCUUAACGACUCCUCUCAGUUCAAACUGAUGUUGUCUUUGGUGUAAUCAGUGAUAAAGGUCUGCAGUGUUCUGUGAGGAAGCAUAAGUCGAUACAUUCAAAGUGCAUAUUUUUACACAUUGCCUUAUUUGUCUUUCUUAAAACAUUAUAUAAUCAUUUCUGGGAAUGUUAUUUUUAAGUUGUGUUCAGGCUUGUUGCUCAGGACAGAUAUAUUCAUUUCUACAUAGAGAAAUAUGGAAAAAGGAAAAGAAAAUACAAAACAAGCAUAGGCGAAGUAAAGUCUGCAGUUCAAACCUGAAUCUAUAAAGUCAAGGUUCAUAUGGGGGUUUUAUCCAGUCAGAGCAGGAGCGAGGAGAUCUAACACUCCAUCACUCAGAGAAGCUGUCUCUGGGGAGGCGUUUGUUAUAAUUCACAUGUCAUGGAUGAAAGAAAAGUUGAAAUACUCAGUUGGUAUCUGCAGACAUAUGGUAAGCCCUUAGUUGGGCUUACUCUAGAGAAAAUUAAAUGAUGCUCUGAUAAUUAGUUAACCUAAGUUUGUUUGGUUAUCGUUUGGAGAAACGUACCAACAGAGGACACAUUUUUUCCUCAAACUUUAUGCUCACAAACAACACCUGCAGCUUCUUAAGUGGACUGGCUGUUGACUCCUUGGUCAACCCAUCUGUCUUAACAAUGGGAAAGAGGUUAACAGUUUCCUUUUUAUUCAACAUCCCAGCUGGUUCAUAAUGAUGUGACACAGUGUUUCCAUCAGAGAAAGAUUUUUUUGGUGGGUGAGGAAACAAAAGUACUUUCUGUAUCUGUUUUUUACAUCACUAAUAAUUGAUCACACAUCCAUUCGACACAUUCCAUUUCAAAAGCAAUGAUUCAUUUGGUAAUUACCCUGAGAGAUUUCCAGGUAUGCUGCUAACACUUUGUUAUAAUUCAUAUGUGGAGGUGCAUAUUCUAUUUAGAGGAGUGGCUCUUAAAGGAAAGUUUCUCAAAGUUACCUUUCUCUUUCUUCAAAAGGCCAAACUGGGGGUAAGGGGGUUGUUUCACGCUUUUAAUAUUUUUAUAACAUUUCUGGAGUGGAUUUGGCCUUUAAAUGUUGAGGAGCAGUCUGAAAGUAGUCUGUCCUACUCUAGAUCUGGGUAGAAGGCGUUUCCUUUCUCCUUUUCUCUUACACAAUCUUGAUUAAUUUCCCUUCACACAGAUUAAGGCAUCUGACACAUUAUUCAGCGCAAAGAGGAGCUCAUCCUUCUUCCUCUUAAGUCAUCCUUGAUAGCACUUGGUGGCUCACACUUCUUCCACUUGCAGGAGAACUUGGUGUCUGCUGCCUUUUGAAUGCUGCUGAAGGCAGACGUUAACUUUGUAGUGUCAGGUCUGCUGCACUAACAGCUCUCUUGAACAAAAAGCCCUCCUGCUCUCCUUUUUCUGGACGGAUGUGCCGAUCAUCCACCUCCUCGGUAGUCAGGUUACUAAUGCCAUAUUCAUUUGCUGCAGCAGUCUCGGGUACAACGCAUGCAGAGGGGACUUGGUGGCGCAUGUUUGUUUUCAGGAGCUCUGGGUUGUUCUGCUUUUGUAUUCCUCUAAUGUAGCGGAAAGCAUGAGAGGAGAGAGCACUGCUAAUUAUCCUCUGUCCUUUAUCGUUAUGGCCUUGCUUCGUGAAACACCUUCCUAAUUUCUUCUGCCAUCCCUCUGGGUAAUUAAAUCAUUCCCAGGAGGAAACAUAGGCAUACCAUGAAUGUACGUUUUUAUCAGCAUGAACCUACUGCUUCAUGGUCAGCUUCAAGUCUCCUUCCUGCAUUGAAAAACACAAGUGAAGUUUAGGAAUGCACAUAAAGACCCGUGUUCAGUGAAGAUUUAGCUGUUGCUCUUUUCUUUUUUUUGUUUUUGCUUCUUUUUCUUUCUGGUUUUGUUUUCCAUUUUAACACAUUGGCUCAGCAGGUAGAACAAUGUGCAAUGCUUUAAACUUCUUUAGUAAGUAACCAGUUCUGAAAAUAUUGUCUUUAUCCCGCCCUCUGAACCCUUGUUUCUGCUUCAGUGGCGGUCGAUAACGUGUGUGUUGUUUCAUGUACGGAGGUGAGCCACACACACCACACAUUGGCGAGUCUUACCUCACCAUGUGCGCAACGCUGCCCACAUCUGAAGCACAGAGAAACGGCUCAACGGAUUAGUUGCCGAGCAUAUUAACAGCAGUACCACGGUUAUUAGCGCUGACAUUUCCACACCGCGACGUGACAUUUGAUGCGGAUACGAGCAUAAACAGGAAUUAUUAAAUUGUCUGGGUUUACAGAUCCGUCGCAGAGUAUGGACACAGUUUGCAAACACUCAGCCACAAUGAAACCACUGCAAAUUUCUUCUUUUACAGCAGGACAGCAAAAAGAUAUUCUUUUAGUGCAUUCAUAAGUUUGUUUUUUUUAACUGUCUUGCUUGUGGCAGAUUAUUAUAUAUGUAUUGGUUUGUUCAUUGUCUUCUGUACAUGCCUGUUCUGAGGUGUAGCCUUGUAAAGAAAUGUAAAUAAAAUUUUUUGGUCUAUUACACUGUAUUUUCUGUUACAAGGCUUCUUUCAUAUAUUAAAGGAUUUAUAAGACCA